CAAGAUCGAGACAGGAUCAUAUCACGCCACAAUUAGGAUAUUAUAGACAUUAGAAUAGUGUUGUAAACUGACACAACGCCACCAUGGCCGACACAAACAAAAUCGCGGCUAUAUUCGUAGUAUUUGGGAUUACAUUUUUCUUUGGUGUGAUCCCAAUAUGGCUUCUGAAGUUUUUAUCAAACAAAAUGACGAAUAUAUCUCGCCUGCAGUACUUAGUGAGUUUGAUGAACUGUUUCGCUGGGGGAGUUUUUCUUGGAACGGCCAUACUUCAUCUUAUUCAGGAGUCGAUGGAGACAGUUGCUGAAGCUUUACCGGAAGUAGAAUUUCCGUUGUCAGGAGCGCUCAUCGGUGUGGGAUUUUUCAUCGUUCUAGGAAUAGAACACGCUAUAGGACUCUUCAGUAAAGAUGAGGACAGUCCCUUUUUAGACCAUGGUCAUGAUCACGGACUAAAGGGUCACAAUCAAGAAUAUCAAGCACAGGUCUCCAAAGUGGAACCACCAAAAGGAUCUUCAUUCAAUCCUCUUUCAAUACCUAUAGCACAGAGCGUAGACAACCAGGCGGGUAUCCGUCCAUCAGGUUACCACAGCACUGGACAAACAGUAUUAUCUAAUGCUGAAAGCUCACAUACACCGACGCCUGUUGAAGUUAAUGAGGCGAAAUCAACAAUCAUUGAUACUUCCGGUGAUGGACGCUCAAAAACAACGAGACGGAUCCGAGCCGUAAUUCUCGUAAUCGCUUUGUCUAUACACAUGAUAUUCGAGGGAAUGGCUAUAGGGUUACAGGACACUGUCUCAAAUACCUGGACAUUGGUGGCCGCCAUAUCGGUACAUAAGGCUGUCAUUGUGUUUAGUGUCGCACUGAAGAUGAAGGAGAUUGUAGAAGGAAAUCUCCGCAUUAUCCUAUAUAUCCUAUAUCUGUCGUUAGUGUCUCCAAUUGGGAUAGCAAUAGGACUUGGAAUAACAAGUACAGGUUCUGGAAACGAAUCUGUGCAGAACAAAAGUUCUGGGAUAUUACAGAGCCUGGCUGCCGGAACUUUCCUUUAUGUAACAUUUUUCGAAAUUCUUCAAAAGGAGCUGUCGAAUGGAUACAGCCUGCUAAAAGUGUUUUUAACCUUCCUUGGGUUCGCUGCUAUGGCCGGCCUAAAGGCACUUGAUUCUGAUUAGCGUCCAUUAUGUUUAUCAAAGUAGUGGAAGAACUAGAGAGAUUGGAUAACAUAAUACUUUGCAUUUCUUUGUCAAGGUCGACAGAUAAAAUGAACGAGGAAGGCUAACAUCCUGUCAGAUGUCACUGAAUUAUAUGAAAAAAAAAGUUUAAAAAAUGUUCAAAGUCAUGUCUCAAAACAGGCUCAACAUGACACCCGAAAAAAAAACC